AUGGCCAGCAACACCAUUAUUGAUCUUAUACAGAAGGCCCAAUGUAAAGUUUUAAGGACCAUAACGGGAGCACCAUUGUACAUAAGAAAUGAAAUCAUCCACAGGGACUUGGAAGUGCCAUUGGUUAAGGAAGAGUUCAAGAAAGACGUGAUACCCAGAUUAUGUCUCUCACUAGCUGUCAUUCUCUGGAAUUGUCAUUUUAUAUUAGCAUCACGCGAUUACUAUGAGGAUAACAUCAAUAUCUGUGAGAACGUCGCCGAUCAUAUAUUUUUACAGGAUAUCAAGGAUUGUACAAAAUAUUUUGUCUGCGUUUAUGGUCAGGCCCAACCGCAACAAUGUAAAGCUGGUCUAUAUUUUGAUGCCAGCCAACAAGCCUGUAUAGCUUCGCGUCAAGGUUGUCUAAAUUGCCCCCCUAGGCAAAUGUUAAACGUGCCUUUAAUAAAGACCUGUGACAAGUACAUUUCCUGUUAUUAUGGCCACGGUUUGUUGAGGAAAUGUGAAAACCAGCAACAGUUUAAUGUGAAAACGGGAAAAUGUGAUUUGGCCAAAAAUGUCGACUGUGUGGACAAUCACUGUUCCAUUCAUACCACAGAUAGUGAAUUGGUUUAUGUGCCCAGUGCGGCCAGCUGUGGAAAUUAUUACAUCUGUAUGGCAGGCCAGCCAAAAUCGCUAACCUGUGCUCCCGGUUUAUAUUUCAGCACGGAAUGUAAUUGCUGUGACCGAGCGGAAAAUGUACAAUGUUUGAUCGAAGACAUCGAAUCCCCAAUGGCAAAUAACAAAGAGAAACGUUACUUUAAUAAACAAACGCAACAAUUAAAUCCACCUACUCUAGUAGGCGAAACCACAGCAGUUAAAUGCCCUCCCAAUGGCCAUUUUAUAUACCAAUAUAUUGAAGAUCCCGAAUACUAUGUGACCUGUAUUAAUGGCAAGGCUGCUCUUUAUGCAUGUGCCGCUGGUUAUCAUUUCGAUGAUAGGCAAAAACGUUGUGUUAAUAACGAGAAACUGGAACAAUACACUACUGAUAGCUGGGACUUUAACAACACUGAAUCGAAUUUACCACAAUGCCCGGAAUUUGGAGCUGCUUUUAGGCCCCAUGCCGAACAUAACAAAUAUAUAUUGUGUGUCAAUGGCAAUGCCACGAUAUUUGAAUGCCCCGAAGAUCAAUAUUUCGAUGCUAACGAAAAUGUGUGUCGCAACAGUUCAGAAGAAUUGCGUAAGAAUAGAUAUGGCUCGAUGAUUGAGGAAUUUGCGGGCAUUGUUUGUCCGAAAUUUGCCACCUUCACUUUUCCUCAUGUGGAAAAGCACAAGUUUUAUUUGUGUCUGGAUGGCAAGGCCAACGUAUUUGCAUGUGCCGAAGGUCAAUUCUUUGAUAGCUCAUUACAUGAUUGCCGUGAUGAACUUAUAGAGGUGGAGGAGGAGUUCAAUGCAAACGUAACACUAAGCGCUGAUAAGUUUGCAAACCAAUUUAAUGUAAAUUGUCCGGCAACUGGUAACACCACCUUGCCUCAUGUCCAAAAAAAUCAAUAUUAUUUGUGCAUUGAGGGAAACUCUGCGGUAUUCGCUUGUGCCGAAGGACUUUUCUAUGACAACAAAUUGAAAAAUUGUACUAAUACGCUAAGAUAUAAUGAGUUAUAUAAGCCCGAAGAAACUGCUAAUAUAAUGUGUCCGAAAUUUGGUACCUUCAAAUUUCCGCACGUCAAUAAAACCCAGUAUUAUUUAUGCACCGAUGGCAAGACCUAUGUAUUGGCCUGCGAUCUUAAUGAGAUUUUCGAUGAGGACAUAAAUAUUUGUCGUAUAAACCAAACAUUGCUCUUAGAAAUGCAAGAUAAUAGCACUAGUAAGGGAAAUACUACACAACGUUUAACAGCGGUGAUAACUGAAUUUGCCAGCAACAUUAUAUGCCCGAAAUUUGGUACAUUUAUGUAUCCUCAUGUCCAACGAAAUCGUUACUAUGUAUGCAUUGAUGGCAAUGCCAUAGGUUUUGCCUGCGCCGAUGGCCAUUUCUUUGAUACCAAAACAAAUGCCUGUCAACGUGAUAUGGAGGUGGAUAUAGGAAACAAUGAGAGUGACAUGCCAGUGGUAUUAGAUGAACCAAUUAAUAUACUGUGUCCUUCCCUGGGUGCCAUGAAAUUUGCUCAUGAGCAAGAAAAUAAAUUUUAUUUAUGCGUUAAUGGCAUGGCCUCCGUAUUAGCCUGUGCUAAUGGCAGUUUCUUCGACGCUGAAUCCGGAGCUUGUCUCAGAACAUUAAAUGCAACAUUGGAAAUUUCAACAGUUGCACCAACUGCAAAUGUAACGAAUACAACCAUUGUCAAGUGUCCCCUGUUGGGCACUUUUAUUUAUCCUCAUGCUGAAACUAAUCAAUACUAUGUUUGUCUUGAGGGCAAAGCUAUUGUUUUAACUUGCCCUGAAGGACUUGUGUUUGACUUGCGGGAAAAAGCUUGCCGUAAUCCCUUACCAACUGAAGACAAUGAAAAUCAAACACCUAUGGUUUUAGAUGAAGUUGUUAGCAUCAUGUGUCCAGCUGCAGGAGCCUAUAAAUUUCCUCACAUUGAGAACAGUAAAUUUUACUUGUGCAUCAAUGGCAUGGGUUCCGUGUUGGCCUGUGCUAAUGGUACUAUCUUUGAUAAGGAAAGCGGAACUUGCCAAAGACAGGAAGCAUUUAUGCAAAAUUCAACUCGUCUAGCCAAUGGAAAUGAAACAUCUUUACAAAACUCAACUUUAGCAAUUGUAUCCCUAAAUAAUACAGCUGACAUUUCAAACAUCACAUGUCCCGCAUUUGGCACCUUCCUCUAUCCUCAUGAGGACCAACAUAGAUAUUUUCUUUGUCUUGAUGGCAAUGCUAUUGAAUUUACAUGUGCCAAAGGUUUCAUUUUCGAUACUAAAUCCAAUGUUUGCACCAAAGACUUGACUGAACUAAAUUAUAAUAACAUUACGUGUCCUCCACAGGGCACUGCCAUAAUGCCUCAUGUUGAAAAACACAACUUUUACUUGUGUAUCAAUGGUACGGCCCGAAUUCAAAGUUGUGCUAACGGUGAAUUAUUCGAUGCUGAAACCAACAUUUGUCGUAAAACUUCGACUAUUCAGAAUAUGUUAUAUGAACCUCUUAAUAGCAUAUGUCCCGCACAAGGAUUGUUUAAACUACCCCACGUUAAUCGCAAUAAAUACUAUCUGUGUAUCGAUGGCAUUGCCACUAUUUAUAGUUGCGCUAAAGGAGAUUUCUUUGAUGCUGAAACGGAAACUUGUCGCGAAACUCUUUCUCUGAAAAAGGGGAUAUAUAAAACACCUACAAUUCCCUUUAAAAAUGUAGACUACCACACAGAUGCAGAAGAAAAUGCUUUAACUGAAUCUGUUAGCAAUAUGUGUCCUCCACAAGGAACUGCUAUGAUUCCUCAUAUUGAUAGCAACAAAUUCUAUGUCUGCAUUAAUGGUAGAGCUACAAUUAAUAGCUGCCCUAAAGGAGGUUUCUUUGAUGCCGAAUUGGAAACUUGUCGCGAAAGACUUUCUAUAGAUAAUGGAAUAUAUCAAAUCCCUUCACUUCCAAUUAAAAGUGUAGAGUAUCAAAUCUCCCCGGAAGAAGAUGCUUUAACAGAAUAUGUUAGCAAAAUGUGUCCACCACAAGGAACUUCAAUGAUUCCCCACAUUGAUAGCAAAAAGUUUUACAAGUGCAUCGAUGGUUUAGCCACAAUUCAAUCUUGUGCCGCUGGAGAUUUCUUUGAUGCCGAAUCAGAAACUUGUCGCGAAACAAAUUCAGUGGAUAAUGGAAUAUUUCAAACCCAUCCGGAAGAAGAUGCUUUAAUUGAAUCUGUUAGCAAAAUGUGUCCACCACAAGGAACUUCAAUGAUUCCCCACAUUGAUAGCAAAAAGUUUUACAAGUGCAUCGAUGGUUUAGCCACAAUUCAAUCUUGUGCCGCUGGAGAUUUCUUUGAUGCCGAAUCGGAAACUUGUCGCGAAACAAAUUCAGUGGAUAAUGGAAUAUAUCAAAUCCCUUCACUUCCAAUGAAAAAUGUAGAGUACCAAAUCUCCCCGGAAGAAAAUGCUUUAACCGAAUCUGUUAGCAAAUUGUGUCCCCCACAAGGAACUGCAAUGAUUCCCCACAUUGAUAGCAACAAAUUUUACAAGUGCAUUGAUGGUAUAGCCACAAUUCAAUCAUGUGCCUCCGGAGAUUUCUUCGAUUCUGAAAUAAAGACUUGUCGAGAAGCACUUCACAUUGAAAGUGAACAACAUCAGACUUUGCCGGAAAAUCGUUUAACUGAAACUCAAUGCCCUCCACAAGGAACUAAACUGAUGCCUCAUAUCGAUAAUAAUAAGUUUUAUCUAUGCAUUGAUGGUGUAGCCACAAUUCAAUCUUGUGCCUCAGGAGAUUUCUUCGAUGUCGAAACAAAAACUUGUCGAGAAACUAAUACUAUUCCUAAUAUGUUAAACGCACCUAUAAAUAACAUAUGUCCCAUAAAAGGAACGUUAAAACUACCCCACGAAAAUCCAAAUAAAUUUUAUCUAUGUAUUAAUGGCAUUGCCACAACUCAUAGCUGCGCUAAAGGAGAUAUAUUUGACCAGGAAACCCAAACUUGUAGCGAAUUAGUUUUCAUGUCAAAUGAACUACAUCAAAGCAGCUCUCUAGAAAAUGCUGUAACUGAAUCUGUUGACAUUAAAUGUCCCCAACAAGGAACUGCAAAAAUUCCCCAUAUUGAUAAAAACAAAUUUUACCAGUGCAUUAAUGGCAUUGCCACUAUUCAAAGUUGUUUGGAAGGAGAUUUCUUCGAUGCUGAAACAAAAACUUGCCGAGUAACCUCGUAUGCAGAGCAUAUAAGUAUAACUUGUCCUGAAUUUGGUACUUUUGUUUAUCCAUUGCGCCAAAAGAAUACAUUCUAUGUUUGCCAUGAGGGUAAAGCACGUGCCGUAUUUUGUGCGGAUGGUGAUGUAUUUGAUGCUGAAACAAAUGCCUGUCGUGAAAUUCAAAAUGUUCCUACUGAAGGGCUUCUAGUAAAUCUUGUAGAAAAUCAAGAAAAUCCUGGCCUAACAGGCACUGAAGGAAAUGAUAAAGCAAAUGAUAAAACAAAACAGGAUAAUGAAUCAGAAGAAAAUGUUGAGGAAACUUCGAAACUUAUACUUGAGGAAAAUAAGAGUGAAACCGAAAAUAAAGAGUUCAUUAAAAGCGAUAACAAUGUGGAUAAUUCAGAAAAGAAUCCAUUUCCAGAUCAUCAACUUGAGGAAAAUAACAGUGAAACCGAAAAUAUUUUGCUAGACAAUACAAACAAAGAGUUCAUUGUUGAGGCGGCAAUUCAGAGCAAUGAAAAGGAGAGCAACCACUUAUGAUGAUGUCGUGUUAACGAACGUUGUAAUAAAUGAUGGCUUAAGGAUUUGCUGGCAUUUGACAAAAUCAGGGGUCACAAGAUAUCUUAUAUAAAUAAUAAAAUAUGUAAUAAAUCGUUUCUAUUGAAUAUUGA